AUGGCAACGACUGACAAACAAUUUUUCGGGCCGUUAACUUUACAUCAAAAAAGUGAAAAACCAUCUAUCUUUAAGUGUGAGAAACCAGUUGAAAGUUCCUGUGUUCUAUGCGAUGAAGUAUUCAUGCUGCCUGCAGCUGAAAAGCAGAUGUUAACUCACAUCUUCAUGGAGCAUCGUCUGGUUAUAGCUGACGUGAAUGAUGUGGCUGAUCUGAUUGCUUAUAUUAAGUAUUGGAAGCUUAGAUUUAAAGAUCAUAAUCUUCCAUACUUUUGUACUACAAUGCUUCUUGACAACAAACCCGAUGGAACUAAAUCAAAGGAUGAACAAUACUUUUUAUUAAGUGAUGUGUUACCUGAGGAUAAAGAGUUACGUCUUAAUGUAAGACAAAGCAAAUUAGAAUCAUUAUUAGAGAGACAAGCAUUUGAAAGAGAAGACAAAAAUUAUAUAAAAGAAUGCCUUUUCUGUAGAUUUGUCUCAAAUGGUACAAGGGCUACCUAUUUAAAUCAUUUGUAUGAAAAACAUAAUUUUCAUAUUGCCAAACCUGAUAAUUUAAUAUUUGUUGAUGAUCUCGUUGAAUUAAUAGGUUCAAAGUUGGAUAGACUACAGUGUAUUUUCUGUGAAGGCUCAUUUAAAGACAGGACUAUUUUAAAGGAGCACAUGAGGAAAAAAGGUCAUAAGCGAAUUAAUCCUUCAAAUAAAGAAUAUGAUAAGUACUUUCUAGUCAAUUAUAUAGGUGAUAAACAACCUCCUAAGCAUAAAAAUACACCUUUCUUUAAAGAGAGAGAACAAUAUGAACAUGAUUCCAAUGUAGAUAGCGACCCUGAAUGGUCAGAAUGGACUGAAGAAAAUGGACCUCAAAUAACUUGCCUUCUGUGCGACCACAGAGAACAGGAAUAUGAAAAUAUAUUAGACCACAUGGAAAGAAAACAUGAGUUUUCUUUUACUAAAGCGACAGCAGGAUUUGAUUUUUAUCAUAAAAUAAAAAUUGUAAACUACAUCCGCAGGCAAAUACACUUAAAACAAUGCUUGUCAUGUGACACAAGUUUUGAUGAUUCAAAAAAUUUAGAAAAGCAUUUAAAGGAAAUGGGUCAUUGGGCUCUAUAUAAGGAAAGGUGGGAUCAACCUGAAUAUUACUUUCCUACAUAUGAAGAUGAUUUAUUUUUGUGCUUUAUUCACGAUGAUGACGAGAGUUGGUGGUCAAGUGAUGAAAAAGAAACAGAAGAAAGUAAUAGUAUGUCAGAUUGUAUUUCUAAAGAAAUGGCAAUGGCAGUGCUAGAAGAUGGAGAA